CGCACGCCUGCGACGCUCGGGGCGGGGCUGCGUCGGGGGCGGAGCUAGAAAGCGGGAGUGAGUACCUCCGCUGCUUGAGGUUGUCUGUGUUAGACGCCGAGGUCAGAAUCGUAGAGAAGCGCCCCCGGAAUCUCCCCACGGGAGUCAGAAGAGGGCAUGGCCGCUGUGGCGCUGCGAUCUUCUGCGCGGGCUCUGCGUCUGUCAAGUGGGCUCCCUGGAACUUGGUGGACACAAAUCAGAGAUACUCACCAGCGAGCUUCAUUGUUCGCCUUCUGGGAACUCGUUCCCAUGAGAGCAGAACCUCCACGAAAGAAGAAGAAGGUAGAUCCUAAAAGAGAUCAAGCAGUAAGGGACCGCUUGAAAAAGAGGAUACGAAAACUGGAGAAGGCUAGCCAAGAGCUAAUUCCCAUUGAAGAUUUUAUUACCCCUUUGAAGUUCUUGGAUAAAUCAAGACAACGACCUCAGGUGGAGCUCCCCUUUGAGGAGAAUGAGCAGAGAGCUCUGCUGCUGAAGAAGUGGGCGCUGUACAAGCAGCAAGAGCAUGAGAUGGAGAGGGAUGCCAUCAGGGCCAUGCUGGAGGCCCAGCAGAAAGCUCUGCAGGAGCUGAAACUUGAGUCCCCAGAGCUCUACACUGAGGCCAUCAAGCGGGACCCCAGAUUGUUCCCCUUUGAGAAGGAAGGGCCACAUUACACACCACCAGUCCCUGACUAUCAGCCCCCUGAAGGCAGGUACAAUGACACCACCAAGGUGUACACACAGGUAGAAUUCAAGAGAUAGAAGUAAAGUCAGCUAUCCUCAGAACAUACUGUCCUCCAGGAGUCAGAAUGGCCAAACCCGAAGUCUGCUUUCCAAAAGAUCAGAUAUGCUGGUAAUAAAUAAAGGUUUAAUCAAAAGUG